AUGCGUCCAUCCGUCUCCCUUCUCCUGUGCACGACCGUCUACUUCGCGAGUGUGCAUUCGGAGGCGCCAGACUCGACACCCACUGCCUCUACUCGGCCUGGUUCGCUGAAUAUAACUCGACCCACUUCCAGCAGGCGCAUUCCGUCCUCCACGGCCGGGCAAGCUGAAGAACGAUCGCCCUUCGUUGAACGUGUUCUUAAGUUGAUUCGACCGAUCCGUCUUGUAGACAGCCAAGCCAUUCAUCUGGAAUCGUUACGCGAGAUGACGCCUAUGGAGGAUGCGUUUAUGCAACUUUGCCUCAACGAGCGCGGCAAGAGUCUUUUUCAGGAACCCAAGUUCCUUGUCUGGGCCGCGCAUCUGAACGAUUUCAACUCUAAGUUUCCUGAUAAGAAGGAAUCAAUACUGCUGAUUUUGACGCAGCACUACAAUCCAGACGAUCUGGCAAAGAUGAUUGAAGAGGCGAAGAUGGUUGAAGUGGCGAAACGUCAGUCUCGACACGAGCCUCAAGUCAAGAAGUCUCCAGCCGAAAUCCUUUUCACCAAUCUUCAGAAGAAGCAGAUGAAACAGUGGAAGGCAGCCGGCAUCAGCGAAGGUGCAAUCUUUGGUAUGUUCAAGCUCCACGUGGCCGACCAUGUGAACCAUCUUACAUUCCGCAUUUGGCUUCGGUACGCCAGUAGACAUUGUUUGUUAACGAAAGAGGAACUCUUUGAGGUUCUUUGCCGCCGCUAUUUUGACGAGACGCUCUCGUGGCUACUGGCAGCGGCGAAACAAGACGAAUUCACCAGUAGGUUGGCCAACGAUCUGCAAACGAUGUUAACUGACCGAUGGCUGGAGAAACGUGUGCCUCCUCAAGACGUGUUCAAGCUGCUCAUGCUGGACACUGAUGUGGCGAAAGUUUACGACCACCCAGAGCGAAGGACUUGGGAGGUGUACGCACGUAAUUAUCACCAAUAUCUUGGCUCGGAAUACAAGGCAUGGGUCGAUGUGCUCAAGUCAUGCUAUGGGGAGGAGGCUCUGUCAUCGAUGAUCGUCCAACUGAUACGUGGGGAAAGUGAGGAGGGUAAGGAGUGGGCAAGGCAGUUACAGGCUGUACUGGUUUAUCAAUGGUUCGUUGAGAAGAAAACACCGAAGUUCGUACAUGACAAGUUGGAGGUAGAAGGGCUGGUUAAUUUUUACGCGAUUGAGGAAUUGGUGGCCAAGGCCUGGAGUAGGAAACAUUCAUAG